CAAUUUUUCUUCGCGUUUUGCGUAUUUAUUGGCGCAGUGCAGAAUCAAAACAAAAUUACAUAAGCAAUAGAACCCGAUGAUAUCUCUAUUGUUUUUGCCGUAAUCGUCGUUGUUUUGUUUUAUUAUGCCUAAUGGACGGACAGUGUUGUUGCUGCGGCGUUUGUCGACAGGGGACAACAGAUUGAAGAGCAUAAACUUGAAUCAAAACACUACCAAGGAGCCGCAUAUUGUGAACCCGGUGUGCUCUCAUCGCGAUAUAAAUUUGUCGAAAAGAAUCUCUACAUUUGGUCAAAACAAUCAGCUUCCAGUUGUUUCCCCUCAACUCACAAGAAGCUUCAGUGACAACAUAAUAAAAAUGGCGACACCAACCGCUGAAUCCAAUCCCAUUGAAGUGCCAAAACAUACCAAUGCCCUUGUGUCCGAGAAGUCUCCAUAUUUGCUUCAGCAUGCUCACAACCCAGUGCAAUGGUACCCAUGGUCCCAGGAAGCAUUUGACAAAGCCAAGAAAGAAAACAAACUCAUCUUCCUGUCUAUAGGAUACUCCACUUGCCAUUGGUGCCAUGUGAUGGAGAAAGAAUCAUUUGAAAAUGAAGAAGUUGCCAAAAUUAUGAAUGAAAACUAUGUCAAUAUUAAGGUGGAUCGUGAGGAAAGGCCAGAUAUAGACAGAGUUUACAUGCUGUUUAUAACAGCUACCACUGGCAGUGGCGGCUGGCCCAUGUCUGUAUUCCUCACUCCUGACUUGCUGCCAGUCACCGGAGGAACAUAUUUCCCUCCUGAAAACAAGUAUGGUCGCCCUGGCUUUAAAACUAUUCUUUUGUCACUCGCUAAAAAGUGGAAAGAAAAUGCUGAGCAAUUCAAACAGGCAGGCGUUGCUAUAAUGGAUGCUCUUCAAAACUUAUCCAAGGGUGAUGCUGAAUUGUCGCCGUCCGUACCUGGGGAAGCGACAUGGAACAAGUGUGUGCAGAAAUACAUUGCUAACUUUGAACCCCAUUUUGGUGGAUUCGGUAUGGCUCCAAAAUUUCCGAAUUGUUCAAUUUUUAACUUCCUCUUUCACUUCUACGCUCGAGACAAGUCAAAUCGUGUAGGAAAGCAAUGCUUAGAGAUGUGCUUGCACACCUUAACUAAGAUUGCCAAGGGUGGUAUCCAUGAUCACAUCUCUAGUGGAUUUGCUCGAUACUCUGUCGACAAUGACUGGCAUGUGCCCCAUUUUGAAAAGAUGUUGUAUGACCAGGCACAACUCGCAUGCGCUUAUACGGAUGCUUAUCUUGCGACUAAAGACGAAUUCUACGCUGAUGUCGUUCGUGAUAUAAUUAAAUACGUGAACAGAGAUCUGAGACAUGUAGAAGGUGGUUUUUAUAGUGCUGAGGAUGCUGAUUCUUAUCCAGUGCAUGGGGCUCCUCAUAAGAAGGAAGGAGCAUUUUGUGUUUGGGAAUAUAUAGAAAUUGAGUCACUCCUUAUUGAGAAAACUAUCAAUGAUAUACCCUACAUGGACAUUUUCUGUCACUACUUCAGUGUCGAAGAAGAUGGCAAUAUUUCUCCAGACAGUGAUCCUCAUGGAGAACUCAAAGGGAAGAACAUGUUUAUUGUUUAUGGCAGUAAAGAAGACACUGCUAAAAAGUUUGGACUGUCUAUGGAGCAGUUUAAUCAAGUGAUUAAGGAAUGUACUGAGAUCUUGUAUGAGGCCCGUCAAGAGAGACCAAGGCCACAUCUUGACAGCAAAAUGCUGUGCUCAUGGAACGGCCUGAUGAUCUCUGGCUUAGCUCAGGCCGGACAAGCUUUGGGAGAAAAGGAAUAUGUUGAAGAUGCUAUUAAAACUGCAAAUUUCAUUAAAAAGUACUUAUGUGAUCCAGAAAGUAAGAAAUUGCUUCAUUCUUGCUACAGGGCAGAUGAUGGAUCAGUUGCUCAGAUAGAAAAACCGAUCGAAGGAUUCUUAGACGACUACGCGUUUCUGGUGAAAGGUCUCCUGGACAUGUAUGAAGCAUCACUGGACCUCUGCUGGCUGAACUGGGCGCGCGAGCUGCAGAAGAAACAGGAUGAAUUGUUCUGGGAUGAGGCGAACGGCGGAUACUUCAGCACUUCGGAGGGAGAUGAGAGUGUUGUGCUGAGACUGAAAGAAGACCACGACGGGGCCGAGCCCUGCGGCAACAGCGUCUCGUGCCACAACCUGCAGCGCCUCGCCGCCUACGCCGACAAGAGCGCCGCUUCGGAAGGCGGCGACAAAGAGCGCGACAUGGCCAGGCGACUACUUACGGCCUUCGCGCAUAGACUGACCAACUCGCCUACUGCUCUGCCAGAGAUGAUGUCUGCACUCAUGUUUUAUAACGACUCGCCAACGCAGGUGCUGAUAGCCGGCGGCUGCUCGGACCCGCGCACGCUGGAGCUGGUGCGCGUGGUGCGCUCGCGGCUGCUGCCGGGCCGCGUGCUGGCCGUGGCCGACCCCGCCGCCGACUCGCCCGCCGGUAUGUCCGACAUACUGCUGUCCCGCAUCAGACCGGUGGGCGACACGCCCACGGCGUACGUGUGCCGGCGCUACGCCUGCUCGCUGCCCGUCACCGACGUCAAACAGCUUGAGACACUGUUGGAUGAGCAGCCUGCCACUAAGUAACCGACUCACUCAUGUUAAUAGUUAUUUGUUUUACAAGGGGGCAAAGUUGUUGUUUAACUGCUCGUGUUAAUAUUGAUACCCGAGCAAGAGAAAGAUUCCAAAAUUGAACCACGAGCGUAGCGAGUGGUUCGAAACAUGGAAUCUUGAGCGUUGCGAGGGUUUUAAAGCACGAGGGUUAAAAUUUGCCCCCGAAUGAAACAAAAUUUUUCACCACACCAACCCGAAGCAAGAAAUCAAACCAAAUCCAAUUCAAAUGAAUGUUAUUCAAUAUUUACCAUCCAAAAUCAUAAUUUAAAAGUCAAUUCUACCAGCAAAUAUAAUCAACUCAAAAUUUGCAUUUGAGUACUUUGCAUCACAUGUGAAUAAAAUGCAUUCAUUCAUUCUUGUGCCUACGAUUCAGGCGUAGGGCGCCGUACGACCCGCGGGUGACUGUCCAAUAUUCCGACGCUAUAAUCAAUAAAAACAUACAUUUGUGAAUUUGUUGCAUCUGAAUCACAAGUUUACAAGAGGCACUAUGUAAAUUGACAAUAAAACCGGAUAAUAUUGUAGCUUUUGGUAAAAAAUAUCGUACCUAAUUGUAAAGCUAAUCAUGUUGAAAUUGUUAUGAAAAUCGAAAAUACUAGGAAGAAUGUAUAUUACUUCUUUUAGGGUAACUUCCACGAAUAAGAUCUACCUAAAUUUAAUCAAUUGGAAAAUACUCUUUAUGCUUUUAAAGGACAUUUCGAAAUCGAACGGUAUGAGUCCAUCCUAAAAUUGAAAGAAGGAUUCAUGCAAUAUGAUAUAUGUACUUAUAAUAAAUUGAUAACAAAUAACAAUAAUAAUAAACGAUUUUUAUAUUUAAAAUGUGAUUAACGUAUUAUGUUCUUUAAUAUGCCAUUUUCUUCGUUUUUUUAUGGAAGUUUUUUUUCAUGGCUCGAAUAUGAUUGUGUUAAAAGCAUAAUAUUAAUCAUAUUCGAUUAUGUUUAAUUCGAAUAUGUGUAGCGUUGUAGCUCUCUUUGUGUCAAAAUCUCUUUAAAUUAGUACAUAUCGAAGUACUUAUUCAAUUAAAAAAAUAAGUUCUUGAAGGCAGUAUCGUAUCUCAGUCAAUUAAAAGAUGUAUUUAAGGUACUAAGUAAACAUUAAUAUUUUUUAAAAAUAUAUAUGUAGUGAUAUUUCUCGAACGGUAUUAGACUAAUAUGUGACGUCCCACGGGAAAAGGUACCUUAUGGCGGUUGGCACUUACGCUAUUAUUAACACGGCUCCAAUAUUAUUCAGGCGCUAUGCGACGUAAGCGCCAGCCGCCAUAUGGUACCUUUUGCCGUGGAACGUCACAUAUAAGUCUAAUAAGAACCAUGGCAACAGCCUAUAUAAUAAUAAUAUUAGACUAAUGCCGUUCGAGAAAUGGGCCCCAGGCGUUAAAUAAUUUACGUAGUUUCAAGGUCGCUAAAGUGUAAACUGUAUGCCUUAACUAUGACUACGUCAGGGGUUAGCAAUCUUUCGAUGAGCCAAUCGCAGUAGAAAUCACCAGUGUUAAGUAAGAAUCUUAAAGAGCCACAUGUAUGUGCCAAAUUUCACCCUGUAUUGUAAUACAGGGUGAAAUUUUAACCGCCAGCCAUAGGUACUCUGCGUUGUGACUUAGGUCAUACUGAACAACUUUUAUUCAUCACAUCAGCCGGAAUGUAUGAAACCAUUUUUUUUGGUCCCAUAGUAAAAGUUGGUCAGUAUGACUUAUACG